AAAUCAAAAUGGGUGUGCAAGUGCUUCUAGCUUCAACAGCCUUGAAGACCGUGAGUGUGACGGGUCUAUGGUUGAUCCCCCUGUUGCUGGGCGCGCUGACAUACCACAACUAUAGUGCUUACGAUCCGGAGUCUAGAGUGAUUGAUAAAGAGCCGAGGAGAGAGUAUGACUUCAUAGUGGUUGGGGGCGGGUCGGCGGGUGCCGUCGUUGCUAACAGACUAUCGGAGAUUAAGAAUUGGAACACGCUCUUGCUAGAAUCUGGGCCCGACGAGAACGAGAUCACCGACGUGCCGUCCCUGGCGGGCUACCUGCAGCUGACCAAGCUGGACUGGCAGUACAAGACCGAGCCCACCGCGUACGCCUGCCUCGGCUUCAAGAAGCACCGCUGCAGCUGGCCCAGGGGAAAGGUGCUUGGCGGUUCCAGUGUUCUCAACUACAUGAUAUACGUACGAGGCAAUCGAUUCGACUUCGACCAAUGGGAAAAAUUCGGCAACCCCGGAUGGAGCUACCGGGACGUCCUGAAAUACUUUAUCAAAUCUGAAGACAACAGAAACCCUUACUUAGCCAAGAGUCAAUACCACGGGCGGGGAGGAUACCUCACUGUACAAGAAGCUCCUUGGAGGACACCCUUAGUCGCAGCCUUCGUUGAAGCUGGAGUCGAAAUCGGGUAUGAGAACAGGGAUAUCAAUGGAGAAUACCAAACCGGGUUCAUGAUCGCCCAGGGCACGAUACGUCGUGGCUCCCGCUGCAGUACCGCCAAAGCAUUCUUGCGACCUGUGAGAACUCGAAGGAACUUAGACAUUUCCUUAAACUCCCAAGCAACAAGAGUUUUAGUCCAUCCAGUAACAAUGAAGGCGUACGGGGUCGAGUAUGUGAAACACGGCAUGAGGAGAGUUGUUUACGCGAGAAAAGAAGUAAUACUAUCGGCCGGCGCCAUCAACAGUCCUCAGCUGCUUAUGCUGUCUGGAAUAGGACCCAAAGAACAUUUAAAAGACGUCGGAAUUAAGGUCUUGAAGGACUUGCCGGUCGGUGAAAACCUACAAGACCACGUUGGUGUAGGAGGAUUAACAUUUCUAGUCGACAAACCUGUUGCAAUCGUCCAAAACCGCUUCGAGGCUUUCCCCGUUACCAUGAACUACGUUGUCAACGAGAGAGGUCCCAUGACGACUCUAGGAGGCUUAGAAGGGGUCGCUUUCGUUAAUACAAAGUACGCAAACAGUUCUGGAUUGUGGCCCGAUAUUCAGUUCCACAUGGCGCCGGCUUCCUUCUCGUCUGACAAUGGGCAAAUUGUCAGAAAGAUCUUAGGUCUUACGGAUGAGAUUUACAAUACUGUUUACAAACCUAUAGCCAAUAAGGAUGCUUGGACUAUUAUGCCUUUGCUGCUGAGACCAAAUACACGAGGUUACGUGCGAUUAAGGAGCUCCAAUCCUUUUCAUUAUCCGAUAAUGAACCCACGUUACCAUGAGGAUCCCUUAGACGUGGCGCGCCUCGUGGAAGGAAUAAAAAUAGCUGUGCGAGUGGCAGAAGCAUCACCUUUCAAACAGUUUGGCAACAGGCUGUAUAUGAAGCCGUUGCCGAGCUGUAAGCACUUUAAAUUUAUGUCUGACGAAUAUAUCGAGUGUCAAGUGAGGCACAUUUCUAUGACGAUAUACCAUCAGAGUGGGACAGCUAAGAUGGGGCCGUCGUGGGAUCCCGAGGCGGUGGUGGACCCGCGACUCAGGGUGUAUGGCGUCGAAGGCCUAAGAGUAAUAGACGCCAGCAUAAUGCCGACUAUUGUGAGUGGCAACACCAACGCCGCGGUCAUCAUGAUUGGGGAGAAAGGGGCCGAUUUGAUAAAGCAAGACUGGCUUAACUUCUUAUGCUGGGCAACGCUUGCAAUUAAUGGCCAGCCCUCACUCUUCGAUGCAGUGUCGGGGCUACUCCGCGACACCAACAACCUGUACCUCGGAGAGCCCCCUGACGCCGGGGAGCUGUACUCGGAGUACGACUUCGUCAUCAUAGGCGCCGGGACUGCUGGGUGCGUGCUUAGCAAUCGGCUCACGGAAGUUGAAGAGUUUAAGGUGCUACUCAUAGAAGCGGGCGGUAGUGAGCAGCUUUUCAUGGACAUACCUGUGAUGGCCACUAUGCUACAGUUCACCGACGCCAAUUGGGACUACCACACCGAGCCACAGAGAGCUGGCUGCAUGGGCAUGCGCGAUGGUCGGUGCUCCUGGCCGCGGGGCCGCGUGGUCGGCGGCUCCUCGGUUCUGCACUCCAUGAUGCACACGAGGGGCAACAGAAGGGACUACGACCGGUGGGCGGCGAAUGGCAACCCAGGAUGGGACUUCGCAUCAGUUCUCAAAUACUUCAAGAAGUCUGAAAACAUGCAAGUACCAGAACUGAGGAGAGAUAAAGUAUACCAUUCAACAAAGGGAGAGAUGACCCUUCAGUAUCCCAGCUGGAGGACGCGACUCUCAGACGCGUUCCUUCAAGCGGGCGUCGAGACUGGCGGGAAUAUAGUAGAUUACAACGGCGAACAACAAAUCGGAUAUUCCAUCAUACAAUUUACGAUGAACAAUGGAACUCGCAUGAGUGCGAGUCGGGCUUUCCUUCACCCUAUAAAAUAUAGAAAAAACUUCCACGUAACCAAGAAUGCUAUGGUAACGCGUAUUUUAAUUGAUCCUUGGACGAGACGAGCAUACGGCGUGGAGUUCCGCAAAGCUGGUCGCCGCUACAUCGUGAAGGCGACGCGAGAAGUCAUCCUGUCAGCUGGUGCUAUUAAUUCCCCUCAAAUGUUAAUGAUCAGCGGAAUAGGCCCUAAACAGCACUUGACGGAAAAGAACAUCACAACAAUCGUCGAUUUACCCGUCGGAUAUAAUCUCCAAGACCACUGGGCAUUAGGUGGUCUGACUUUCUUAAUAAACACAACUGAUUCUAUAAGAUCUGAACGCGUGGCUACAUUCAGCAACAUUCUAGAAUAUUUCAGCCAUCAUACCGGGCCUUUGUCAGCGCCAAGCGGAACUGAAGCUAUCGCUUUCAUCGACACUAAUAACCCAAACGACCCUGACGGCUAUCCUGAUUUAGAGUUGUUGUUCGUAGCAGGCUCAUUGGUUAGCCAGCCGUCGUAUAAACAAGCUUUCGCUAUUGAUGAUCGUAUCUACAACAAAGUUUACGGACCAAUUCAAGAUCGCGACACGUGGAUGGUGUUCCCGAUGCUUCUACUCCCGGAGUCGAAAGGCCGAAUAAUGCUGAAGAAUAAAAACCCUUACACAAAGCCGCUUAUCUACGCAAACUACUUUUCAGAUGGAGGCCACGACCAAAAGGUUAUAUUACACGGUAUAAGAAAAAUAAUUCAGCUAUCGAAGACUAAAGCGUUUCAAAAGUUUGGCAGCAGAUUGCACGAUAUUCCGUUGCCGAAUUGUGCGCACCACAAGUUUAACUCAGACUCAUAUUGGUACUGUGCAAUGAAGACUAUAACGAAUACGAUUUAUCAUCAUUGCUGUACAGCUAAGAUGGGGCCGCGAGACGACCCUGAAGCUGUCGUGGACUCGAGAUUGAAGGUGUACGGCAUAAAAGGUCUGAGGGUAGUGGACGCGAGCAUUAUGCCGCAUGUUCCAGCAGCGCACACAAACGCCCCAACUUUAAUGAUUGCUGAGAAGGCAGCGGAUAUGAUUAAGGAAGACUGGGGCAUACAUAUCAAGCUGAUUUAAUCGGCAUAAUAUCUAAUAUUGACGAAAAUCCCAGUCUAGGCAAUGAACUUACUCA